AUGGGUUGUGGAUCUUCAUCAGAAACUCACGUUAUUAUUUCCACAGCGUCUUCAUAUAAAGAUAAGAGUGAGUUAAAGAAAACAUCUAAUACUCCAUUGAGUGCGACAUCUCAGACUAGUAAAAAAUCUGAAACUGGUUUGACAAUCUUACAAUCAUCCAAUGAAGGAAAAACAUCUGCCAAUCCGUCAAUACAUUCGCAGGAUGAUACCAAACACGAUGUGGUUAUUAUAUGGGUAGAUCCUCAUAUAGAUAGUACAGAAAAAAAUUAUCAUAGUUCAAUAACUAAACUUCAACGAAUUACUAAUAUGAUUCAUACAUUUACUAAAUCUGAUCAAUGUAUUGAUUGUCUUACUACCAUUAAUGAGAAUAAUAUUGCUCUUAUUGUUUCGGCUACACACUGUGAACAACUUAUACCACUUGUUAUUGAUAAAUCAAAACUUAAAUCAAUUUAUAUAUUUAAUCAAGAAAAAGAAAAGCAAAUAAAUUGGACUAAUAAAUGGGAAGGAAAAGUAAAAGGAAUGUUUUAUGAUAUCGAACAGAUCUUUCAAGCAAUUAAAGUCAAUAAUAGUCAAACAACUAGUUCGAAUUCAAUCUGUAUUCUACUAAAGAAUAAUAUAGAAAUGAAAGAUAAUGAAUCCAAUAAACUAGAUCCAUCAUUCAUGUAUGCAUAUUUGCUUACAGAAAUUCUUAUCGAUAUGGAUUAUGAUGAUAAUGCAAAAAAUACAUUCGCUGAAUCUUGUCGUCUUCGAUAUAUAGAUGAUGAAGAAGAAUUGGCCGAUAUCGAAGAAUUUGAUCGAGAUUACGAGAGUCAAAUUGCUAUUCAAUGGUAUACUAAAGAUUGUUUUCUCUAUAAAACGAUGAAUCGUGCUCUAAGAACUCAAGAUAUUAAAACUAUUGUAGAAAUGGGAUUUUUUGUACGUGAUCUUCAUAAACAGAUUACAGAAAUGUAUAAACAACAAAGUAAUCAACAGAAACCAAUGACAAUUUAUCGUGGUCAGGUUGUUUCAUCUGAUGAAUUCGAUAAAUUGAGAAAAAGUAAAGGUGGUCUUAUUUCAUUCAAUUAUUUUUUGUCAACCAGUACUAAUAUUGAUAUUUCAAAACGAUUCGCUAGAAGUUCACCAGAAAAUAAACUCAAUCCAGUACUCUUUGAAAUAUACAUUGAUCCAAACAUAUCAUCUGUACCAUUCGCUUCUGUCGAUAGUAUUAGUGUUUUCGAAGGUGAAGAUGAAAUUCUUUUCUCUAUGCAUACUAUUUUUCGUAUUGUAAAAGUUCAAGAUAUUCAGGAUGAAUAUUUACUCAUUAAUCUACAUCUAACAGAUGAGAAUGAUUCAGAACUCAUGAAAUUAACUGAUCAUUUCAGAAAAGAAAUUGGAGAUGGCGAUUCUUUGGAACGAUUAGAACAUUUAAUGUUGAAAAUGGGCGAAUUCACUCAAGCUGAAAAUAUUCUAGGUAAACAACUAAAGUCUACACGCGAAGGAACAUGGCAUAAACAAACUCAUCUCAAUCAUCAACUAGGAUAUGUCCAUAGUCUGAAGGGUGAUUAUGAAAUUGCAUUAUCAUACUAUGAAAAAGCACUCAAAAUAGAAUUGGUUAAUCUUCCUGAAAAUCAUUCAUUACUAGCUUCUACUUACAAUAAUAUGGCUAGUACAUAUUAUUCAAUGGGAAAUUUUUCGUCUGCAUUGGUUUAUUAUACAAAAGCACUUGAAAUUGAACAAAAAUCUCUUCCUUCCGAUCAUCCCAUGUUAGCUACUACCUACAACAAUAUUGGAUCCGUUCAUAAUUCAACAGGUAAUUACACAGAAGCACUUGAACUCUAUCAAAAGACACUUAAUAUUCGACAAAAAACUCUUCCUGAAAAUCAUCCAGAUAUGGCUAGUAUCUAUAAUAAUAUUGGAUCGGUGUAUAAUUCAUUGGGUGACGAUCAAACUGCACUUUCAUUGUAUGAACAAACUCUUGAAAUUCAAAAGAAAGCUCUUCAUCCUAAACAUAUUGAUCUAGCUAUUAGCUAUGGCAAUAUUGGUACAAUAUAUAAUUCAAUGGGUGAUCAUGAAAAAGCACUUGAAUAUCAUAGAAAAUCAUUUGAAAUUCGAGACAAAUCUCUUCCACCGAAUCAUCCUGACAUAGCUUUGAGUUAUAACAACAUUGGUUCAGUUUAUUAUUCACAAGGAGAUUAUAUGAAUGCAUUAUCAUAUUUUCAAAAAGCACUCGAAAUUUGUGAUACAUCUCAUGCACGCAAUCAUAUCGGUUUUGCUACUACUUAUGACAAUAUUGGUUUGGUCUAUAAGUCAAUCGGUGAUAAAUCGGCUGCACAAUCGAAUUAUCAGAAAGCAUUUGAUAUUCGUCAACAUUCUCUUGGUGAAAAUCAUCCUGAUAUGGCUAUUAGCUAUAAUAAUCUUGGUACAAUAUAUAAUUCAAUGGGAGAUAAAUCGAAAACGUUUGAUUGUUAUCAAAAAGCACUUGAAAUUCAACAAAAAUCUCUCUCAGAAAAUCAUCCAAAUAUAGCACAAACUUACAACAAUAUUGGUUUACUUUAUAAUUCGAUAGAAGAAUAUUCAAAAGCAUUAUCAUCAUAUGAAAAAGCAUUAUCAAUUCAACAAAAUUCAAAAUCCAUAAAAGAACAAUCCAUAGCAAUAACAUAUUAUAAUAUAGGAUCUACAUAUUAUUGUAUGAAAAAUUAUCCAAUAGCUAUUUCAUUUUUUGAAAAAGCAUUAACAAUACAACAAAAAAUACCGUCAAUGAAUUAUCAAGAUUUGGCAAACACUUAUAAUAAUAUAGGUUUAACAUAUUACGAAAUGAAUGAUUAUGAAAAGGCUAUUUCAUUUUAUGAAGAAGCAUGUACAAUUUGUGAAAAAUAUCUUGCUAAUGAAGAAUCUUUAUUGAUAACUACGUAUAAUAAUAUAGCUGUCGCAUACAAUACUAUGAAUGAUAAAUCGAAGGCUCUGUUAUUUUAUGAAAAGAUCGUUAAACUUCGUGAAAAAAAUUCUACUACAAAUGAUUUAUCAUUGGUUAAUAUUUAUAGUAAUAUCGGAUCAAUAUAUGAUUCAGUGGGAAAUUAUUUGGACGCUAUUAAUUAUUAUCAAAAAGCAAUGGCGAUUGAAGAAAAUGUAUCAUCAAAAAAUGAUCUUUUAUUAUCAAAUACUUAUAGCAAUAUUGCUGUCGCCUAUAAACAGUUGGAAGACAAUGAAAAUGCUCUUAAAUUUUAUCAAAAAGCAAUUAGUAUUCGAGAAAAUAUUCAGGUUACUGAUAAUUCAGAUUUAGCAAUUAUUUAUAAUAGUAUGGCAUUUAUCUAUCAAAAAAUGAAGAAUUAUUCGGCUGCUGUAAUCUUUUAUCAAAAAGCGAUAGCAAUUGACGAGAAAACAUUUUCUUCGGAUGAUGCAAAAUUAGCAACAAUAUACAAUAAUCUUGCUGUCGCUUAUCAUUCUAUGAAAGAUGAAAUAAAUGCUUUGUCAUUUUACGAAAAACUAUUACCUAUUCGAGAACGAAUACUCUCUGUCAAUGAUCCAUCAUUAGCUUCAACUUAUAGCAGUAUUGCCUCAAUUUAUUCAUCAAAAGGUAUGAAAUCAGAUGCUGUUAAAUUUUAUGAAAAAUCACUCAAAAUUCAUGAAACAUUACCAUCUCCUAAUCACUCAUUGAUACAUACGAUGCAUCUUAAUACAGCAGUAAUGUAUGAAGAUCUUAACAAUCAUGAUGCAGCUGUUACACAUGCCGAGCGUUCUCUCAAUAAUGCUCGCUUGGCUUUUAAUCCUGAUGAUAUAAAAAUAAAACAUAUUCAAGAUUAUGUUGAUAUGCUUCAUACGACUUCAUGA